AUGGACCAAGACCUCGCAUUCGAUGAAAUUCCGGACUACCCACGACGACGAGCGAUGAUAGCUUGCGAGAUAUGUCGAAGCCGCAAGUCCAAAUGCGAUGGAUCCCGGCCGAAAUGCAAGCUUUGCAUCGAUCUCAACGCUGCAUGCGUGUAUCGCGAACCGGGCGUGAAACUGGAUGCAGGCGACAAAAUCAUUCUGGACAGGCUUGCGAACAUCGAAGCAUUGAUCCAGUCGAAGUUUCCUACUCUAUCUCAAGCUGAUAGCUCGACAGCGGGACCGCUAGCUCUACCUGCCGAGCAAGGGAGAACUGUCGGAAAUGGCCCUGGAUCAAUACCUCUUAGCGGCUUUGGUAUAUCGCAGGCGGCGAUGAACAUCUCCACCAUGCCCAAAGCUCACACCACGCCGGCUCUACAUCUCCUUCAGUGGCCGUGCAUCUGCGACCUCGUUACAAGUCCCUGCGAUCCGCAAGUCCUUCUUCAGCUCGAAAUGACUCGACCACCACUCGACCUUCGAUCCCACUACCCUCUCGAUCUGUCCGAUCUCUGCUCCUCCAUCUAUACCCGAGCCUUUUUUGGAAAGGUCAAUGUAUGGUAUGCCGUCGUCAAUCCUCACAGCUGGAACGAACUCUAUCGUACGGCUUCCUUGAACAGCUUUCGAUCCGGACCCGAAAGCUGCGUCGUUCUCCUCGUUUUCGCGCUCGGCCAAGCGGCUCAUACAGAUACCAGUACUGCUCAUGCCUCAUAUGACGGACGUCCACCUGGUACUGCCUACUUCGAAGCCGCCUGGCAGUUGCUUCCCACCCUCAUGCUCCGCAACAACGUGAUGAGUGCGCAAUGCCACAUUCUUGCAGCCGCUUAUCUCCUCUAUCUAGUGAGACCACUAGAAGCAUGGAACCUCCUCUGCUCGGUCUCGAUAAAAUUGCAGCUCCUCCUCUCCUCAUCAUCACCUCUGCCAUCCGCUGAAGCCCGAAAUUUGCUCGAACGCAUCUACUGGAACACUCUCAUGUUCGAGUCCGACCUCCUCGCUGAGCUCGAUCUCCCACACUCCGGUAUCGUGCAGUUCGAAGAGUCCAUGCCUCUGCCUCGUAGCUUUCCGUUGACUCCAAUUUCGCCAUCUCCAUCAUCCUCCGCUCCCGCGCCCUCUCCCGGCAGCGAUGAAAUCUGGUACUUCCUCGCCGAGAUCGCGCUUCGACGUCUCCUCAACCGUGUCUCCCACUUGCUCUAUUCGAAGUCACUUUCGCUGGCCUCUCUCGCUCCUCUAGUCACCGAAUUAGACCUUCAGCUGACUCAGUGGCACAACCACCUGCCACCUUCGGUACAGUUCCCGAUCCGUCCAUCUUCUUCCUUGCCCGAUGAAGCUCUCGACCCCGUCCAAACCGUCCUUCGACUAAGGUAUCACGCCUGUAGAACCAUCAUCCACAGGCCGUACAUUCUCUACGUACUGUCUUCCGCUACGCCGACUGUGGGCAAUUCCACUUCACACAUCUCUGAAGCAUGCGCCACGGGACUAGAAUCAGCUUACAUUCAAAUAUCGCUGCUGUCCUCGCAUCGUGCUGGACAUGUGCCGUAUCUCUACCAAGGUUUUCUGUCGCUCGUGUCACAGACGUUGCUGUUGCUUGGAGCCUCGCUGCAUACAGAGCUGAGGCGACUGAUGCCGGUCCGAAAAGAAGCGCUGGUGAAGACGGUGGACAGCGUUAGAAUUGAAUUGAAUACUUUGGGACGACUGGCGCCGAGUCUGGAGGUCAGUGGAGGAAUAUUGGGAGAUGCGGUGGACAGAUGGAAGGAGAGAAUUUCGGGCGUCGAAUGGUGA